AUGACAUCAACAUAUACGUCGUUAUACGCUCUUCCUUCUAAACAAUCACUUGAAAGUGAAUUCAUUGGUAAAAAAAUCGAUCAACUUCGUACUCCAGCAUUAAUAGUUGAUAGAAGUAAAUUCAAGAAGAAUUGUGAGGAUGUUACGAGGAAGACCAAGGAGCGAGGUAUGGCUUUUAGGGCUCAUGUCAAGACACAUAAAACUACAGAGGGUACGAGAAUACAAGUUCAAGCUGCAGGUGGAGUAAAGUCCACAAUCUGUUCAACCAUGAUUGAAUUAUGGAAAAUUAUACAAGAUGGUUUAGUAGAAGAGGGAUUAGUGGAUGAUAUACUCUAUUCAAUGCCUGUAGGCGAAGAUAAAAUCGCUGAUUUGAAUAGCGCCCAAGAAAGGAUCGGCUCGAAAGGAGUCAUUCGAUUGAUGGUUGAUCAUCCUGAACAAGUGAAUCUUUUAACGAAAUAUAAUAAGUCAAAUGGCAGAUCUCAAAAAUGGAGUGUUUUCGUCAAAGUCGACGGAGGUGGUAGACGAGCUGGUGUCCCUCCUCAAAGUGAUCAAUUGAAAGAUGUAGUAAAAGCUGUUUUAUCUUCUGAUCAAGUGGAGAUCUUUGGAUUCUAUUCACACUUCGGUCAAUCCUACGCUUCCGAUUCACUUUCAAAAGGAUCAUCCUAUUUCGAAGGCGAGAUAGAUUGUGUUCAAUCAGCAGCUAAAGUAGCCAGGGAAUUGGGCGCGAAAGGAGAUUGGAUAUUGUCUGUCGGUGCAACUCCGACUGCACAUGCGGCUGUUUUGGAGGCAGAGAAUGCUCACGGUGGUUUAGAAGGAGAACUUGAGCUCCACGCGGGAUGUUAUUGUAUGUGUGAUUUACAACAACACGCAACAUCAAUGGUAUCAGAAUCACAACUCGCUCUGACAGUAGUAGCCAAGGUCGUAUCUGUGUAUCCUCAUAGAAGGGAAGCGAUGUGUGAUGCAGGAGCGAUAGCAGUAUCGAAAGAUACAGGUCGAUAUCCUGGGUUCGGUAGAGUCAUCUCACCUGAUCAUGCUAGAUUAUGGGAUUUGGGUAGAAUAUCACAAGAACAUGGAACGUUAAUUCAUCGUCCAGGAUCAGAAAAUGAAUUUGCCGAAUCAAAUGAAUUGAAAAUUGGUGAAACGGUUAGAAUAGUUCCUCAACAUGCUUGUUUAGUAUGCGCUUCUUUCCCUUGGAUAUAUGUUGUCGAUGAACAAUCUGGAAAAGGUGAAGAGGUCGUAGAUGUUUGGGUACCUUGGAAGGGUUGGUAG